AUGGCACCCAAGAAGAACGCCGCUGCUCCUGCUCCCUCGAUAGUCCCUCCUUCGACUGCCAAACCUUCUCACGGACAGACCUCUGCUUCCUCUCAGCCGACUAAGCCUAUUGCUGCUUCCACAAAGCCCACAUCUACCAAGUCUACCGUCCGCAACUCGACAGAUGCUCAAGAGAUCGCUUUGGCCGUAUGGGACCGCUAUGUCCAGGACACUCCCCAACGCGUCAAGCUGAUUGACGUCUUCAUGACCUUCCUCAUCUUCGUCGGCGUUCUCCAAUUCCUCUACUGUGUCAUUGGUGGAAACUACCCCUUCAAUGCUUUCCUCUCCGGCUUCGCUGCUACCGUCGGCCAGUUUGUCCUUACUGCCAGCUUGAGAAUCCAGACCAACCCUCAGAACAAGGCCGACUUUGGCUCCAUAUCACACGAAAGAGCUUUUGCGGACUAUGUCUUCGGCAGUCUGAUUCUGCAUUUCUUCUGCGUCAACUUCAUCAACUGA